AUGUCCCCCCCGCCGCCGGCCGCCCCUGCCGGGACACUGGCUCCGCGGGUCGUCAUUGACGCCGCCUACUUGGCCGAGCAUGUCACCCCAAAUCUGGGCGACCGUUUGGCCAUUCAGCCCCUGAGCGUCAAGUCCGGCCACGCAACCAAGGUGGCACAGGACCGCAUGCGGGAUGCCCCCGGCUCGGGAUCGAUCCACCCCAAGCGCCUGGCCGCGGCGCUGGUGCCGGCCGUGGAUGAGUACUUCCGAACAGUGGCCGGGAUUUGCCUGGCCGCCGGGUGUGGGUGCCUGCUGCCUGCCAGCGCGCGUCGAGACGUCCUGCCUGGGGGGCCCGGCGGUGCCUCCCCCCGACGGGGCCCCCAAACACCGGGACCCGGUGUCCCGGGAGGUGGGGUCCCGUCGGACUGGGGGCCGGGUACGCCCGGCACGCCGGCCAGCUGGUGGGCCGGCGUCGAACUGCCAGACUCGACCCCCGGCACGCCGAGCUUCAGGAGCGCCCGGAGCCCCAGCCCCGACCUGAUGUCUCUCGGCGGAGACUCAUGCUCGGCGGUUGUCGGCGCCCGUUGGCUCUUCACCCAGCUGGGGAUGCACCUGCAGGUGGCGCCGGGGCGCCUGCACCGGGUUCUCUUCUCGGCCUGGCGUUCGAGCACCGGCGCCGCUCGGCAUGCCCUGUCCGAGGCCAAGGCCACGGCAGCUGCCCUCUCCGAUGAGCAAGUCCUGCUGCUGGCCUGCCAGGCUCUCUGGCGCAUCAGCCAAUACUGUGCCAGCUUGGUGGACCAGUCGCUGAAUCUCCCGCGCUUGGAGUUCCUCCGCCUGCGGGUGGGCGAGAGCUAUGAAUUUUUUCUCCGGCAGCAGCUUGCCGCUCUGGGCAUCCCCUUCAUUGAUGAGUUUCGCAUGCGCGACCUUGGCUACCCCAAGACCCCGGACAUACGCCUCUCGGUGCCGAUCAUGGUCGGCCCUUGCACCGUCAACUGGAUCGAGUCAAAAGCCAUCUUCGGCUCGCAGGAUGCCCACAACCGCAUCAUGGCCGAGCAACUCCGGCCCUAUCUCUCGCGCUUUGGCCCGGGAAUGGUCAUCUAUUGGAAGGGAGUGGCCGACGACGUCCUCGCAGGAGGGCCCCUCGGCCCACCGCCUGCCUCGAAACCCCCGGCCCCGGAACUCCAGCUGCAAGAGCAAGUACAGCAGCAGCCGCAGCAGCCGCAGCCACAACAACAGCAGCAGCAGCAGCAGCAGCAGCACCAACAACAUCCAGCCGGGGCCGGCCUCUCGGCUGCCCUGGACGCCGGCCUCACACAUUGCUACUACGACCUGGAGAGCAUCCUGGUGCUGGAUUACUUCCCGCGGGAGUUUGUCCGGUGCCUCAUGCCGGCCCGACACGAGAGCGACCCCCCCGUCACAAUAUAG